CUAUCGAAAAAUGACAAAAUUAAUAUUUAUUAUUAAUUUUGUCAUUUUUCAAAAAUUAAUUAUUCCGUUCAAAAUUGCCAGCUUGGACAUUCAUAUUUGGGAGUAUCUUUACGUCCGCGCGCACGUCGUCUACAUUCUUGACGAGGACUUGCCAGCGAUUCGUGCGCUUCAUCGAUGAAACACAUCAGUUUCAUCCGCGGGCUCCAUCCAUUUUCAUCCGGAAAGGACAGCUUCAUUUUUUCUAUUUCAACACGAGGACUCUCGGAUCGAGAGUUCUCUUAUCGUGACAUCCCAUCGCAACGCGAAAUUCAUGCGUGCAUACGCAGGCACGAAUCGGAAUCGCGUGCAACGCGCCGAUGGAGUAUCGCGUAAAUUGCAUCGCAGGCGCAUUCGUGGCGCGUGCGGCGACCCGCUCGCUCCGAUUCACGUCGCUCGUUCACGAGGAUGUCUGUGCACCGCAAAAUCCUCGAUCGCAGACCGGCUCUCGUUACGUAAUGCCGGCCACGUACUGCCGAUAUCGUUGCCGCGAUCCUCUAUUCAACGUCGCCGCCACUGCCGUCACGCAGCCGCGUAUACGUUAGCAUUACGUUAUGUGUGUGAAGCGGCGCGGAUAAAACCGUUCCCUCUCUGAUUUCUGCCGCACUCGAUGAUGAUACGCUUAAAUAUUUGAUAAUGCUGAGUUAAAUUCAGAUGACACUUGGCGACGCAAAUCCUAAAUGGCGCUAAAAUGCAGAAAUCGUCGCGACGCAAUGUUCGGUUGAUCUUAAAAUAUUUAUGUAAAGCAAUAUCCUUCGUGAUAUUAUCUUUUAACAGCGUUAAAACGAGUGACAUCUCAUAUCUGAAAUUUAUAGCGCGAUUAUAAAAUAUUUAGGGAUUCUAUGGACGGAAAAGGUUUCUGCAAACUGUUUGUGCCGAAAUUAUAAUACUUCCCCAGCAUUACGCUAAUUGUCGGUGAAAUUACGUGCGAUAUUUAUUCAAAUUGUAACGGAUAUUUUUAAACGGAUUGACGCUUCGCGUUUAAUAACACAUCGGGGAAAUAUCGAUGAUGGAAGGUAACUGAAUUAUUAUAGCCGAAAAGAGAAGAACUCUUUGUUAAAAAAUGAUAGUCAGAUGUAGCGCAUCAUUGAUGUCACUUUUUUGCAAUGUUGAUUGAUUGCCAAUCCUGUAUGAAUCACGAACGCAAAAUUCGACCCGGUGAUGAGUUCGAUAUCGACAGUUUGACAUUUAACGGCAAAAGGAACAUCGAGAAAUCAUUCAUCGAGUGCGAGCAAAACAGAAAAGAUAAAAGGGAAAUAUGAAACGCAGCGUAGAAUAAAUAAAAUAAUAGAUAAUACCGUGUGUGUUUCAUAUCAAAAACACACAUGUGGCGUUUGCAAAAAUCACACACGAGUGAAGCUACAUUUUUGCAGUUUUAUAAUCUUUUAUGGAGGACUUCCGUUUUCGGUGCUGAUCAGAGUGACACACGAAACAUAGAAGGAUAUUUAACGGUUUGGGGAAGGCGAAAUAGAGAGAGGUGAAGGAGAGAGUGAGAGGAGGAGAGAGAAGGAAGGUGAGAGAGUGUGUGAGAGUGGAGGUGGGCUUGAAAGAAAAGUUAAUGGUGAGCGAGGGUGACAAUAGGAGAGAAGGAAAGAGUGAGAGGUUAGGCGCGGAGAUUGGGGCAUAGAUUAGAUAAAAUUGAGAAGGGAGAUAGAGGUGACGCGGUGUAUUAGGCGCAGACUAAGGAGAUAGAAGAGGGGAUAAAAGGAGAGGCAUAGAAAUAGAAAGAUAGAAAGGAAGUUAUAGAUAAGGGAGUAUGGAUAAGAAAUUAGGUGCGAUAAAGAAAGAGGUAAGGAGGGCAAGCUUUGGAAGCGUGGAAGAGAUGUGGAAAAGAAAAAGGGAGGAUACGUUAGAAGGAUUAGAAGGAGGAAAGGAGGGGAUUUUUAGGGAAAGUAAGACGCCGAGAUCGCCGGGAGGGAAGGAAGGAGAGGCAGAAAGGACGAAGGUAGGAUAUGAGGGAGGCUGGAGAGAAGGAUUAAAGGAGUUGUUUAAUGAACUAAGAGAGGAAAUAAGAGGGGACCUUAGAAAAAUAGAAGAGGAGGUAAAGGGAGAGAUUAGGGAGCAAGGAAAAAAGAUGAGAGAGGAAGUAGAAGAAUUGAGAAAAGAAUUGAAGGAGCAGGAGGAGACAGGAAGAAAAGAGAGACAGGAAAUGAAGAGUAGGAUAGAUAAGUUGGAAAAGGAUGUGAAGGAAUUAAAAAUAGAGAAUGUAGGUGAGAAGGGGGAAGAUAUGCGGGUAGAAGGGGUUAAGAGGGAUGGUCUAGAAGAUAAGGUAAUAGAGCUAGAGAGAAGGAUGGAGAUAAAGGAUCGAGAGGAAAGGAGGAGGAAUGUGGUGAUGAGAGAAGUUGAAGUGAAAGAAGGGAAGAGAGUAGAGGCGGUAAGAGAAGUGUUGGAAAGGAUAGGGGCGAAAGGAGAGAUGGUAGAGUGCAGAAGGAUAGGAGGAGAUAAAGGAAAAGGAAGGGAAAGAAUUCUAGUAAAAUUAAGUAACGAAGAGCAAAAAAGAGAGGUGAUGUUAAUGAAGAAAAAUCUAAGAGGGAGAGAAGAGAGGAUAAUGGAUGAUUGGACUUGGAAAGAGAGAAGGAUGAGAUGGAAGUUGGAGGAAAUAGCGAGGGAAGAGGAAAAGAAUGGGAAGAGAGUGUGGAUAGGAUAUGGGAAAAUUAAAAUAGAUGAGAAGUGGUGGAAAUGGGAUGAGAAAGAGGAAGUAUUGACAGAUGAGAGAGGGAGAUUCAGAUUAGGAAUUCAGGGGGAAGGGGAGGACAAGGACAAGGAAGUAAGACUGAAGAUAUAAGAAUAGAAGGGGGGGAAUUUAUGGGAGAGAGGAGAGGAAGGGAGAAGGGGAAGGAAGGAUGGAAGGUGGCCUUUUGGAAUGUGGCGGGGUUGUUUAACAAAGAUAAGGAAUUUUGGAAAGGUUUAGAAGAGUGGGACGUGAUGAUAUUAUCAGAGACGUGAGCAGAUGAAAAAGGGUGGCAAAAAAGUAAAAGAUGUUUACCUAGUGGAUAUUAUUUCCACUAGUAGAAUAUGCUCCCGCAGUUUGUCGGUUAAAACCCGGGACACCCUAUAUAUGGGAAGCGCAGUUAGCUAAGAGAAAAAAUAAGAAGGGAAGAGCAAUGGGAGGGAUGGUUAUGAGAGUAAGAAAAGAAUUGA